GCAGCAUGAGCGCCACGGAGAUCUGUCCGGCGAAGGGCCCUGAGGCCUUCAUACAGCCGCCACUGGAGGCAACCAGCAAAGUGGUCGCCGAGGAGCGUAUUGUCCAGGAUGAAGAGGCCCAGAAUCUCCGUCGAGGCUUGGAGCAGCGCCAUACACAGAUGAUUGCCAUUGCUGGCGCGAUUGGAACCGGACUCUUUCUCGGACUGGGCAGCUCAAUUGCCUCGGGUGGUCCCCUGGGCGCGCUCUUGGGGUAUAUGCUGAUUGGGGUGAUUGUCUGUGCGAUUCAAAUCGCCCUGGGGGAGGUCUCUGCCUUGAUGCCGGUGACCGGCUCGUUCGUGCGACACGUUGAGCUCCUGGUGGACCCCGGACUAGGGUUUGCGAUCGGGUGGAACGUGGUGUAUGGCUGCUUCAUGUCGGUGCCCAGUGAGAUUUCGGCCGCCGUGGUGCUGAUUCAGUACUGGACCGAUCUAAACACGGCCAUCUGGGUGACCAUCUUGAUUAUUCUCUCCGCGGUUGUGGCCCUCCUCUUCAUCCGGGUCUACGGUGAGCUGGAGUUCUGCUUUGCGAUCCUCAAGAUCCUGCUGAUCAUCGGCAUUGUCCUCAUGGGCCUGGUUAUUGACCUCGGGGGCGUGAGUGGCACUCCUCGCCUGGGCUUUCACUACUGGAAAGACCCUGGACCGUUCUCCGAGUACAUCGCCUCCGGCGCCUGGGGCCGCUUUCUGGGCUUCUGGGCGGUCCUGACGACCGCCGUGUAUAGCUUUUCCGGGGUAGAGAGCCUGACGAUGGCCGCCGCGGAGAUGCAGAAUCCGCGUCGUAACAUCCCGCGCGCCUGCAAGCGCGUCUUCGCUCGCGUCACCAUCUUCUACAUCAUCGCAGUCUUGAUCGUGGGCAUGCUGGUGCCCAGCACCGACCCGCGCUUGAACGAUUACUCGGGCACCGCAGCCACCAGCCCCUUCGUGAUUGCGGCAGCUGACGCCGGCAUCAAGGUCGUUCCAUCGAUCAUCAAUGCGGUGGUCCUCACCUCCGCCUGGUCAUCCUCGAACCAGAGCAUCCUGGCCGGUACGCGCACAUUGUACGGCCUCGCGCUGAAGGGCCACGCCCCUAAGAUCUUCCUCCGGACCACGCGCCACGGUGUGCCGUAUAUGUGCGCGGCCCUGCAGAUCGCCGUCUCGUGUCUCGCAUAUCUGAGCUGUUCAAACGGUGCAUAUACCGUCUUCAACUGGCUGCUGGACCUGACCUCAGCGGGGGUUUUGGUCUCGUGGAUCACGAUCGCUUUGAACCAUAUUCGCUUGAUCCAGGGGUUUCGGGCGCAGGGCCUGUCAACGCGGGAGUUACCGUGGCACAACUGGUGGUCGUACCAUAGCUCGUGGUUCGCUCUGGUGUCAUGCAUCAUCAUCCUGUUUACCGGUGGCUUUACCGUGUUCACCAAGGGGAACUGGGACCCUGCAUCUUUUGUGUCCUCUUAUUUGGAUAUCCCACUGGUACUGGCAUUAUAUCUCGGAUACAAGUUCUGGAAAAAGACGAGACUUGUGUCCGUGCAUGAGAUGCCACUGGAACAAGCCCUGCAAGAAGUGCGUGACGAUCCGCACGAUGAGCCCGUCAAGACGAGCAAGUGGUCAAAGUUCAAUAUUCUUUGGGGUUAGCAACGCGUUUAUGUCCAUCUCAGUGAGACACUGGAUCGCAACGUGGGUAGAUAGAUAAU